UUGUUGCACAUGGCGAUGUGAUAAUGUGGUGUGUGCUCUCUGGCCGUGAAGGAGUUAACACUUGUCACUGGAGACAGAGAUAGCUAGGAGCCGAGCAGAGGGACCAGGAGGACGGGAAGGACCAGUGAAUUACCAACGAGUCGCUCCCUGACUCCCAAAACAUGUCUGUCCCUCUACACAUGCACCUGUGAGCCCUCCACUCAACACAUUCACCUCUGACAUGGCCAGGGAUUUAAGAGUUCCUAUGGACCAGGACAUACAGGUUAAAAUUUCCCCCAGAGAAAUUAAGAAGUUGCCCAAACGGGCUCGAGAGGACUCAUCAAUGACCGGUGAUCGAUCUCAUUUCCCGGCCGACCCAAAAAAGCCACGACAGAGAUAUAUGGAAAAGGACGGCAAAUGCAAUGUGCACCACGGAAAUGUCAAGGAAACCUACCGCUACAUUACUGAUCUGUUCACGACCCUUGUGGACCUCAAAUGGCACAUCAGCCUGUUCAUCUUCACACUUGUGUACACAGUCACAUGGCUGUUUUUUGGCUUUAUCUGGUGGUUCAUUGCUUAUCUCCGUGGGGACUUGGAGCAUAUAGGAGACAAAAGUUGGGUUCCUUGCGUAGAGAAUCUUAAUGGCUUUGUCUCUGCUUUCCUCUUUUCUAUUGAGACGGAGACGACGAUUGGCUAUGGUUACCGCGUGAUUACAGAGAAGUGUCCUGAAGGAAUUGUCUUGCUGCUGGUUCAGGCCAUCUUGGGCUCCAUUGUUAACGCACUCAUGGUGGGCUGCAUGUUUGUAAAGAUAAGUCAGCCUAAAAAACGUGCAGAAACCCUAAUGUUUUCCAAUAACGCAGUGAUUUCUUUACGAGAUGAGAAGCUAUGCUUGAUGUUCCGCGUAGGCGACCUGCGCAGUUCCCACAUUGUGGAGGCCUCCAUCCGCGCCAAGCUCAUUAAGUCUAAACAGACCAAGGAAGGAGAGUUCAUACCUCUUAAUCAGACUGAUAUCAAUGUGGGCUUUGACACAGGUGACGACCGUCUCUUUCUGGUCUCCCCUCUGAUUAUUUCACAUGAAAUAAAUGAGAAAAGUCCCUUCUGGGAAAUGUCGCGCAUGCAGCACGAGGGAGAGGACUUUGAGAUUGUUGUAAUCCUCGAAGGAAUGGUAGAAGCUACAGGGAUGACUUGUCAAGCGCGCUGCUCCUACGUUGCUUCUGAAGUGUUAUGGGGUCAUCGCUUCAUGCCUGUCCUAACUUUGGAGAAAGGAUUCUAUGAAGUGGAUUACACAAGUUUUCAUGACACCUAUGAGACCCCCACUCCAAGCUGCAGUGCUAAAGAACUGGACGGACUGCAGAGGGGGGAACGGAUAGUCCGUCUCUUCAGUCCACACAGGGAUAAGGGAGCUCAGAAUGGGGCAUUGGGAUCAGAAGAACGAAAGCCUGGGACACAGCCAGACUGAAACCGUGCAAGCCUGGAGGUAUAUCUACUUCUUCUGCUUCUUCACAGCGAGCAGAGCCAGCGAUACUCCAUGUUUUGCUUUAUUUACUGUAACAUAGGAUGUGAUGGGUUGAAUGGGUAUCUUGGUAAAAUAGCUCUUGUCUCCCCCUCCACCCCCCCACCUGGACAGCUGAAUUAGGAGAUAAGCUAAAUCAAUAAACGUUAUUAACCGGAACCUUUAUCCCAUGGUGGUCCUCCCCUGCCAGCUCUAAUCCAUGAAGCAUUAUAUGAAGACUGCCCUCUCCUGGGGAUGAGUGGUAUUUGGUGGUGGAGGGGUUAGAUGCUCUGUCUGUAGCUAUAUGUACACAGUGAUAAUAUAGUGUCAGCACUAAAUAAAGUAAAUGUAUUCUCAGUUUUUACAACGUCCACUUUGUUCUGAUGAGAUACGGCUUCCCCAAAGAUGCUCCACCAUUUAAACCUUGAUAAAACCAUGGUGGUGCUGUUUUCCAUUGGCUAUGUGCAAAGUAUGUGUCCUAGUUCCCCCCCCUCCCCCCAGUGUAAGGAGUCAUAAGUUUUUUGAAUAGCUUGACCUCCUUCUAACCCGGGUCUGUCGAGAGCCGCUGCCCAUCUCCUCUCCUAAAUACCGGAGAGUCUGGGUCUCUAUACAGGAACGUCCUUUAGCUCCCCGAGGUUGCAAUGGGCUUAGCUCAUUGGCUGAGAGUGUCAGGACCACCAUGAUAAGUCACCUACCAUGAAUGGAUUCACUUACCAGUCACAUCAUGUGGGGGGAAUUAAACACGUGUACGCGUGGGGCACAAACACCACUCUUGCACACACAGAGGCACCCACGUAACUAUAUCUACAUCCAGGUACACGUGUCUACACAUUACAUUCACUUUUACACUUCUCUUGUGACAGGACAACUGCAAACCUAGGACAAAGACCCAACUUUACACGUGUUAUAAUGCACACAUGCACACUAAUUUUACAUGUAUGUAUAUACAGGAAACAUG